CAAUUCGCGAGUCAAUUCGAUGUACGGGUUCGGAAAAUUGCGAUUCGACGGAUUAAAACGCGUUGUUCGGAUGUGAAAAUGUGCGAGACAUUAAAUUAACAGUGCCGUGAUUCGCGAGCGAGUGUUUUCCAUUGAAUUUGAGCGGCUUUCGUUAGAUUAAUUUUGAAUGAAAAAUUUUGCGACGCCCGUCCAUGUUUUUCUAGUGUGCAACGAUGGGAUUCUGCUGGAGAAUCAAAUUGACGUCGUCUGGUUGGCGGCGUGCACUUGAAUUGGAGUGAAAAAGUAGUAAAACAUCAGCGCCCAGCAGCAGGAGGAACAAGAUGUGCGGAGCUGAUAACAGGCCGCGGAAAGGUGGACGGCUGUGUGCGUGAAUAAAUUGUGCAAACAUUGCCGAUCUGGAUAUUGAUAAGAGCAAGAAGGCAAGGUGCGCGAAAUCUCAUAGAUUACGACGGAUUAGGUGAAGAAUAUUGUGCCGGGGAUUGGGAAUCGUAAGUGAUGAUGUGGAUGCAAUGUUGCUGAAGUAUAACCAUGAAUGGUUUUAGUAAUGGAUUAAAUAUCAACGUUUGAUGUUUUAUUGGUUAGUUGACCAAGUAUCUCAUUCACAGGCAUCAAGAUAGCAACACCUUUUUUCCAUUGAAUGCGGAAGAUUUCCUUGAUGGCAACACCCCCGCCGUCGCAUCGUCCACCCGUCGUAGCUACCGGAGGAAGAUCUCGAAUAAGAGCAGCAAGAUUUCAGUAGUGUCUUUAAUCUGGCGAUCAAGAUACUACCGAACUUCCAACGUUGCCGAAGAUCAAUGUCCGAUUGCGGGGGUCACCGUCAUCAUCAACAUCAACAACAGCAUCAUCAUCGAUGCUUCAAGCGCGCAACUCCUGUGUCGGAUAAUUGCCUCCAUACAAUUCGACUGGUUUCGAAUCGAAGCGCUGGUUUUCUGAUUGAUUAGGCCAUAGUUAUUUGGCGUUGUUUCAACGAAACCAGCGAUCGAAGUCGGGUGCCACCGCAUCUCGAGCGAGCGCAAUAGUUUCAUAAUUCGAAAAUCAAAACGCGAAACCGUUACAAAUCGAAUUUUGGUUGGAAGAACAGGCGAAGAAGCAGCAGGCCAAGCUGAAGCCACGAGUUCUGCGAUUUCUACAUUUGCAAGCUCCAAGCGCAUAAUAUUGCCAAGAACCCCCCUCAGCAGUUACAGCAGUUAUUUGGCGAAAUCGUGCAGGCGAAGAAUAAGAGCUCGAAGCACUACAAGAAAAACGGUGGAACCCCAUACUCCACUCCAUUGCCGCUUUGGUUGUCGGCAUCGGUCCACGGCGACCAUGAAAUGUGACACGGAAAUAUUAACCAUCGACCGCAGUCCGGCCACGCUGGACGGAUGAGCCCACCACGGAGGAGAAAUCUCCCAUCAUCGGCAACAGCACAAUAACGGCAAACGACUGGCGAGUUUGUUUUCGUUGUGACUAAGCUGGUGCGGUUUGUGUGUUUGAAGUUGGAAAUCGAUUCAUUAGUGGCUGGAAAAUUGUAUGUUCCUUACGAUUCGAAAAGCGUACAACAACAACUCGGAAGAGGUGCGAGUUUUUCUCUAGAACGAAUCUAGUGCAAUAAUAUUCUACCCAGUGAAGAAAUAGUGAAAAUUAUCCUUACGAUUCAAAAGGAUGUAAAUUCAUAGAAGCAUCAGUUAAGUUAUUGUUUAUUAGCGAAGUAUAAUUGCAAUAUAAAAUAAUCUUAAGUGGGAUACGGUUAUUAGCAAAUCGACAAGUCGAUUUUAAGUGUAAAGAAGAAUACUAAUAUAGUGUAACGAAACCAGUGAAAACAAGUGAUAAACGUAGAAAGUACUACGAAAAUAUCCUAAACAGUGUUUCAAUCAUCGCCAAAAUUGUGCAAUAGUGAAGCUGAGUGCACAUAACAUACCCGUACACAAAGGAAUAAGCAAACAAAUCAAUCAAAACAUGAAGAGGAUACCGAGGAAACCGAGCAGCAGCAGCCUUCCCGGGUUCAGCAUGGACCGGGAGAGUCUGGCGGAAUGGGCAAAGGAUAAGCCCCUCAGCAUACUACAACUAGACCCGGCGGAUCGUGCCGUACUGAGAAUAGCAGACGAACGAGAUGCCAUACAGAAGAAAACAUUCACAAAAUGGGUCAACAAACAUCUGAAAAAGCAUUGGAAGUACCUCAAGACCUACACCCACUUACAUGUAUGUGUUAUCAUCAAUGGAAUACCCUGUUGUCCGCCAGCUGCCUCCCGAAGGGUAGACGAUCUGUUCGAAGAUCUGCGCGAUGGACACAACCUUCUUUCUCUCUUGGAAGUAUUAUCUGGCGAACAUCUUCCAAGAGAGAAGGGAAAAAUGCGCUUCCACAUGCUGCAGAACGCACAGAUGGCGCUGGAUUUCCUGCGCUACAAAAAAAUCAAACUGGUCAACAUUCGGGCGGAGGACAUCGUCGACGGAAAUCCAAAGCUCACCCUCGGUCUGAUAUGGACCAUCAUCCUGCACUUCCAGCUGAAUCGAAAGCACAAUUUAACCGAUCCGUGGAGGCGACAGAUUUCGGAUAUCGUCGUCGGACAGGAGGACAAUCUAACGGCACGGGAAGCCCUGCUCCGGUGGGCCCGCCGUUCCACAGCCAAAUACCCCGGCGUCCGGGUCAACGACUUCACCGGCUCCUGGCGGGAUGGGUUGGCCUUCUCGGCGCUCAUCCACCGGAAUCGGCCCGAUCUCAUCGACUGGCGAGACUCGAGAUCGCGCCGACCGCGGGAACGGCUGGAGCAAGCAUUCCACGUGGUGGAGCGGGAGUACGGCGUCACGCGGUUACUCGACCCGGAGGACGUUGACACCAACGAACCAGAUGAGAAAUCGAUGAUCACCUACCUGAGUUCGCUGUACGAUGUUUUCCCGGAGCCUCCACAAAUCCACCCGCUCUUCGACAUGGAAUCCCAACGAAGGGUACAGGAAUAUCGGGAACUGGCCCAACAGCUACUGUACUGGUGCCGGGAGAAAACGUCUCUCCUUCAGGAACGAGCAUUCCCCACAACGCUUAUCGAACUCAAACGGUUACUAUCGGAUCUGAACCGGUUCCGAAGCGAAGAAGUGCCACCGCGACAACGCGACAAACAACGACUGUUUACCAUCUACAAAGAGCUAGAAAAGUAUUUCGAAUCCAUCGGCGAAGUGGACGUGGAAACCGAACUGCGGCCCGAAUCGCUGGAGAAGGCCUGGCACAGGCUCAUGUCCGCACUGGCGGAUCGGGAUAUGAUUCUCCAGCAGGAGGUGCAACGGCUCGAGCGGCUGCAGAAGCUGGCCGACAAAGUACAACGCGAGUACAAACACACCGAAACCGUGAUUACCAAGAUCGAAACCCGAAUCUCAGAGGAAAGCCGCCGAAUCGAACGGCUACACCCCGUCGAAGCGAAGAACAUCGUCGAGGGACUGGAAAGCGACAUCCGGCAUCUGGAGCAGCCGCUCCAGGAAAUGAACGACGACUGCCAUAGUCUGAAGGACGGCCGGUAUCCACAGGCUGGAGACCUAUACAAAAAAGUCACAAAACUGCACCAGCGGUGGUCCCAGCUGCGAACAACAUUCCACACUAGUUUAGUACAAAAGCUGUCCGGACUGAGCUAUCCAGUCCAGGAGACGACGAUCACGAAGCAGACGCGCGUCGUGACCGAAACGCGCCAAAUCGGAACGAACCCGUACUUCCGAGACGUCCAGGAAUACACCGAGUGGUGCCAAUCGAAACUGAAACAACUACUCACCUCGGACUACGGGUCGGACCUGCCGUCGGCCAAGGUGGAACUCGAGCGGCACCAGCACGAGCACAAGGUGAUCGACCAGUUCCACUCGAAGAUCAUCCAGAGCGAACGGCACCAGAGCAACUUCAGCGGCGACGAGCUGCAGCUGUACCAGCAGAAGCUCAGCCAGCUGCAGAAGAUCUACGCCGAACUGCUGAGCACCUCGACGAAACGGCUGUCGGAUCUGGAUGCGCUGGCGGACUUUUUGUCUGCGGCGACGUCCGAGCUCAGUUGGCUGAACGAUCGCGAACAGAUCGAGGUCAGCCGGGACUGGGCCGACAAGAAUCUGGAUCUGUCGGCUGUCCAUCGGUACUAUGAGUCUACUUUCAAGCGUUCGUAUGGAAACGGUGACGAAAACCUGAUGUCCGAGUUGGAGAAACGUGAGAUGCACUUUGCCACCAUCCUCGACCGCGGAGAGGCACUUCUAGUCCAGCAACACCCCGCCUCGAAGUGUAUCGAGGGUCACCUGCAGGCGCUCCAGUCGCAGUGGUCCUGGCUAUUGCAGCUGACCCUCUGUCUAGAGGUGCAUCUCAAGCAUGCCACCGAUUACCACUCGUUCUUCGACGAGAUCCGGGAGGCGGAAAAUUGGCUCGUCAAACGGGACGACAUCCUGAACACCAAGUACUCCCAGUCGGAGUUUUCGCUCGAUCAGGGCGAGGGACUUUUGCGCGGCAUGCAGGACAUCCGGGAAGAGUUGAAUGCCUUCGGCGAAACGGUGGCCCAUCUACAGCACCAAGCCACAACGAUAGUGCCUUUGAAGCAACGGAAGCAACCGGUCAAUCGGCAAUGUACCGUCCAGACCAUUUGCUCGUACAAACAAGGUAACAUCUCGCUGGAAAAGAACGAAUCCUGUACCCUGCUGGACACUUCCGGCCGAGUCAAAUGGCGAGUGAAGACGAACAAAGGUGCCGAAGGAUCCGUCCAUGGUGUGUGUCUUCUUCUUCCGCCACCGGACCAGGAGGCAAUCGAAGCUGCCGAUCGGUUGAAGCGACUGUUCGACCGGUCGAUUGCCCUGUGGCAGAAGAAACAGCUGCGACUGCGUCAGAAUAUGAUCUUCGCCACCAUCAAGGUGGUCAAAGGCUGGGACUUUGAGCAAUUUUUGGCGAUGGGUGCCGAACAGCGAACGGCGAUCCGGCGGGCGUUGAAUGACGACGCCGACAAGCUGCUGGCCGAGGGCGACCCUGCGGAUCCGCAGCUGCGUCGACUGCGGCGCGAAAUGGACGAGGUCAACCGACUGUUUGACGAAUUCGAGAAACGUGCCAGAGCUGAAGAGGAAAGCAAGCAAGCUAGCAGAAUCUUCACCGAACAAUGCAUUUCCCUCAAGACUCGCUUGGAGGAGAUGGCCCGCGAGUUGGACCACAUAAUCCUCUCGCCGAUGCCGCGUGAUCUGGACUCGCUGGAACAUGCGGUCCAGAUUUUGGAGGACUACAAACGGCGACUGGGUCUGCUGGAACCGGACCUAAAACAUCUGCAGGAGACAUUCCGUACCAUCACGCUGAAGACGCCUGCCCUCAAGAAGAGCCUCGACCAUCUGUUGGAACUGUGGAAAGAACUCAACACGCAGGCGAACCUGCAUGGCGAUCGGUUGAAAUUGCUCGAAGGUGCUCUAGCUGGUCUGGAGGACAACGAGCAGGUGAUUUCCGAUCUGGAGGGAAAGUUGUCCCGCCAGUUGGAAUUGCCAUCGUCACAGGAGGGUCUGUACGAAGUGUUCAAGAAGUUGAGCUCCAUCCAGGAAACGAUUUCCGCCCAACAGCCGGAAAUGGACAAGAUGAACGACUCUGCCGAUCACUUGGGUCGCAUGGGAGUUCCAACGAAGGUUUUGGGAGACCUGAAGCGACUGCACGCCAAUGUGGAACGCUUGAAUUCGCGAUGGAACAACAUUUGCGGACAGUUGGCCGAGCGAUUGCGAAGUGUAGAAACCGCUAUCGGUCUGAUGAAGAAUCUGCAGACGAGCAUCGUUGUGGAAGAGACGUGGGUUGAGAAGCAAACCGAGAAGCUACAAGCAUUGCCAACGGCCACCUCCGCUAGAGAACUGGAUACCAUGCUGGGAGAAGCGAUGGAGCGAGCGCCGAGGAUCGAACAGGUCAAUCUCACCGGUGGCCGCUUGAUCCGAGAAGCUAAGAUCUACGAUGGCAAGUGCCUGCACUACAUCGACUGGCUGGUGGAGAUUCGACCGAGCUUCUCGCCCCCGCGGCAGGACCUGAGGCCACCGGACGCCGACCCGGGCGCCACCGAGGUGUACUCGAGGCGGCUGGACACGCUGAACGGCCGGUACGAGUCGCUCAUUGAGCAGCUCACGCAGCGGCUCAAGACGGCGAUCGAAGUAAAUGGCGCGGACGGAUUGCGCUUUGCCGAAAGUCUCCAGAAGCCGCUUCGAACCUAUCGGAUGGAGUUCAAUCUCGGCCGUCCGGUGAGCAGCAGCAACGCCAACGGCAACGGCGACGGUUUCCAGGAAAUCACGGAGGACGUCUACACCAGCACCUACUCGGCUACGCAAAUCACCAAAAUCACCAACAACAAGCUCAUCUACGACGCAAUGGAUUCUUCGGCAGCGGGCGGUAGCGGUGGGGUAACAUCUCGGGAGGGAUCCCCGAAGAAAGUGAGUAAGGUGGAAUUGCACUCGGAUGUGCACCAUCAGCCAAACGGGGGCAGCAAUGCGUCAUCUGUCCAGUUUACCGAGAUCCGUAGUUUGAAGCGAGUUUCCCGCGCUAAUGAAGCGGUCGGUACCAAUAAUGGCCUCGAGGAUGGUGACACCAUUCUGAACACACCGGGCAUCAGGGAUCCGGUGAGUGGUCGCAUUUUGACGGUUGGGGAAGCGAUUCGGUUGAGGAUACUGGACGUACGGAGCGGUCAGUUGAAUGUGAACGGCGAACGGUUGAGUCUGGAGGAAGCGGUACGAAGACAACUAAUCGAUGUGGAUCUGGUGGAUAACUUGUUGAGGCCCGGGGCAGCGCUGGAUCGCGACGGACGGCCUAUGAGCCUGCUGGAGGUGAUACAGAAGGAAAUUCUCGAAGCGGAAAACGGCUACGAUAGCACGGAAAAACGAAUCAAGGUAACGACCAGCCACGAGUCAUCUCCUGUCAAGCGCACCUCCACUGUAAAGUAUAACGAAAAAGAAGCAAAAAGUAUUGUCGAUGCAAUUAAGCAGGGCCUGGUCGAUACCAGCAAUGGUCUUUACCGUACGGAGACCGGCGACCUUAUUACGCUGGCCGAUGCUUACGAGUACGGUUACUUGAUUCGCAAUGAGACAAUCAAGAUAGCGCCCCACACGCUCUCUCUGACCGAUUCCAUCGGCCAGGGUCUGGUGGACAAUGGUGGUUGGGUCAUUGAUCGUAACACUGGCGAUACGUUCCGACUAGAUUCAGCCAUCGCGAAAAACCUAGUUAAUCCCGACCUGCGGGAAAUCGUCGACACCAAGAACGAUAUCAAGAUCACGGUGGCACAAGCCCUAGAACAGGGUAUUCUCAAUGCUAAAACUGGCCGAUACAUGAAUCCGUUAACGAAAGAAAAACUAACAUUCACAGAGGCACGAAACCGGCAGCUCAUCUGCAAACCAAUGACAUUAAAAGACGUUUGUGAUUUAAAUUUGUUCGACAAGUCGGAUAAAAUCGCCUCUCCUACAAGACGCGAGCGGGUCAAUAUUCCAGGUGCUAUUAGUUUAGGUGUGUUAGAUAGCGAUAGCAUUAAGUGUGUAUACAAAAGUAAGGGUGAACUGCUGACGUUGAAGGAAGCCCUUGAGCAAGAGAUUAUUCUCCCGUUCGAGAACCGCUUCCGCCACUCCGAAACCGGUGAGUUAAUGACCAUUCCAGAAGCAGUCGAUCGAGGUCUGAUCUCAUCGGUUGCCAUCAAAUCAAUUUUCAACAUUUUCGGCUUUAAGGAUCCACAUUCCGGGGAAUUCGUUUCGCUCAAUACGGCUCUAGCUAAAAAUAUAGUCCGCAAGAAGGAGGGCCGUUUCCAGUUAGAUGUAGGGAAGGGAGUUCUCGUUGAUCUAAACGAAGCUGUUGCUCAGGGACUCAUCCGUCCAGAAGUUCACGAAAUGCUCAACCGAAAAAUUGGCGUAUUUGUCGGAGAAGAGCACGAGUUAACUUUAAUUGAUCUAGUCUAUCACGAUCUUAUUGACACUAAAACUGGUUUCCUCUUGGAGCAUGGCACCACCAAAGUACUCCCACUAGAGCCAGCCAUAGAACGUAAAUUCAUUACACCAGAAGGCGCCUUACUGUUAAUUAGCCUAUUGAACAUCACACUCACUACAGAAACCGUCGUGAAAACGAUCAAACGCUAUGUUACAAUCACGCACACCGGGGAGCAGGUGGAAACUCAACCACAGGUCCUGCUUUCCUUCACUGAAGCUGUUCGUAGGGGGUUGAUCGACGAAAAUACCCGCACCUACCGUGACCCCAACACCGGUAACGUGUAUUCCGUACAACAAGCUUUAAACCAUGGCCUUAUUCUGCCAGACACGGAAGCGGUUCCGGCGACGCAGGAAAUUGGUAGCGAAGUUCCUAGUAGUAAACCUUCUUCCAUUCCUUUACAAUUUGAAACUUUCGUUACGAAAAACAGCAACGCCAAAAACAUUCAUAUAACAACCGAGUUUUUGGACCGAGAGCGUAAGGCAACUCAAACUUACGAACUUCCUCCUGAUGGGUGGCUUCUAGCUGAUGCUAUCUCCCAAAAACUAUUCGAUCCUGUUGCGGGUCUAUUUGUUAUUCCCGGAACAGAUCGUUUGGUCAGUUUUGAGGAAUGCAUCAAUUUGAAGAUCAUCAACCGCCAGUCAGCAUUCGUUGUUGAUCCGGAAAAAUCCAAGCGCCGGGUCACUUUAGAUAUUGCCUUAGACAGGAAGAUGCUCGAUGCUACCGGUCACUACCAACCGGCGACAUCCGAGAAGAUCACGAUGAAAGAAGCUCUCGAUCGGAAAUUAAUAGUUUUUGAGCAACCCUUGGAUCGGACAUCUGAUGGUGCUGCCAAUCGCACAAUUCAGGUUACUAAAAUUCCCGGUCAACCUGAUGUUAUUGAGGUUUCUUCCAUGGACAGUCAAAUGGUACAGGUCAAAAGCCUUAAAACUCCCGAACUCCUUAGUCCAGAGCCGUUACAAUUGACUCCGAACAUCAUUUACGAUCCUUCUACGGCCCUCGUGAUUUUCACAGAUACGGGUAAAUCUGACAACAUCGUUCACGCUGUCACGAGUGGGAAACUUGAUCCCAAUCUUGUAAAGAUUAAGGAUCCCAAAACGGGUGAUGUGAUCACUAUUACCGAAGCGGUAAACCGAGGUGUUCUUGAUCCUCAAACAGGGGCUGUCAAAGAUCCAUCAGGGCGAUCGAUAAGUUUGAUGGAAGCUGUACAAGCAGGUGCUUUAGCCGUUUGUGGCGCACCUUUGGUAGCUGCGGCUGGGGCUCUUGAUUUGCUCAAAACGAUAAUUGAUCCUUCCACCGGAGAAGAGAUUCCAAUUGAAUUGGCUUACGAACGUGGUUUAAUCAGUAAGAGUCAACUUCCCAGCCCAGAACGAGCUGCGUUGAGGAAAAAACUUAGCGUAGAAGAUAAUAGUCGACGAUCAUCUGAUGGAUUUGUUGUUUCCGUGGGUGAAGGAAAGGAAUCCCUGGUUCUACAGCGUGUGAGGAAAUGUGUUUUGCGUCCAAAGGAUGCAGCAGAAAAAGGUAUUUUGGAUAAUGCUACUGCUCAAAUACUUGAAAACCUCAAACUUUUUGACGGUGGGUUGUCUUUGGAACAAUCAAUAUCCGCUGGACGUUUGGAUGGAAACCAGGGUAAGAUCGUUGAUCCCCAACGUGGACAUACUUUAACCAUCAACGAAGCUAUGCUUCGUGGAAUUUUGGAUAGAAACGGUACGAAUUGUGUCUUUGUUCCUUUGGCAAAAUCUCUGUCCAUUCCUGAACUCAAAACGCAAGGCCUUUUGGACGUGGGAAGCUCCAAAAUCUACCAUCCUGAAUCAGGUCAGCUUCUUACGCUGAAGGAGGCAACCAUUUGUGAAAUUGUUGAUCCCCUAGCUGAAGUCGUAGUCAAUGGCACUCAACGGCUUUCUUUAGAAAAAGCCAUUGAGACCGGUCUAGUAGACGCUGAUAGAUGUACCAUUGGUAAUAUGAAACUGAACGAUGCAAUCGAACACAAUGUGUUUAUUGUGCCAAAUUAUUCUGCUCAAAUACCUCCCGUAGGGAUGACCAUUCCUGUGAUCGUGAAACGUCACCUCUUAGAUAUAGAUCUUAAAGAAAUAACACAUCCUAUCAGCAAAGAUCGUAUGACAGUGAAUGAUGCUAUCAAGAAAGACUUUGUAAUGGCAAUCCCUUACACUCCGAACGCCAAUGCAACAGAUAUCGAUCAGGCACUUGAUAGAAAACUGAUCAAUACGCAGAGAGUGUCUUUCACAAAUCCAAUGACCUCCGAAGAGCUACCUCUACAAGAAGCCAUUGAAACUGGCUUACUAGAAGUGAAACCACUUCCAGAAAUGGUCCGAGGAAUGCAAGCCAACACGGCAGUGACAUCGAUCCAGGAAACGAUAUCUUCUAGUCACACAAUCACGACAAAAACGGUUGAAAUCCAAUCGGGUUAUGCACUGAUCUCGGCUACAGAGGUUCAGGACACCGCAACCGGAGAAAUUAUAUCAGUUGAUGAAGCCAGGAAACGCGGCAUUCUCAGCGACGAAGAACAAAUCAAGAAUGAAGUGUUGAACGAAGAAGUCAACAUCAAUUUUGGCGAUGCGCUACAAAGGGGUUUGCUGGAUGUCACAAAGGGUAUGUUCCGACAUCCAGACAGCGGGGACGUGAUGUCGAUUUCAGAUGCUGUCGACAAAGGGUACAUCGCAACAAAAACGACGAGUGAUGAAGCGUUGAACCGCUCACCAGAGAUGGUUCACAAGGUCAUAGCGAACAUGGAAGUAGACCCGUUGCGUGAUCCCAAGCAGCAUGAAAUUGUACAUAAAAUCAAUGUUGAUGCAAAGGAGAUACAUGCCGAUCGCAAGACUUCGCUAUCGGAUGCAAAGACAAGCGAUGGAAAACUUGCAGAAAAUAUUAAAGAUGCUGCCAAAAUGGGUCUAAUGGCAGUGGUUGGGGCACCAGUUUUAGGUGGGAUGGCAAUAGCUGGAGCAGUGAAGAAGGUAUUUGAGAAGAAAGAAAGCGAAAAAUCAAGUUCUUCGACAGUUGUUGAACCGAGCGGUGUGAUGGUCGAGACUUCAUCCCAUCAGAUCAGUUCAACCACAAUCCAGGUGGUAACGAAAACUUUUGAAGGAGAACCAUCGAUAACUGACGUUUCUCUAACUGACAUUGAUAAUGAUACUAAAGAUGCUAAAGGUAAAACACCUACAGCUGGUCUGGUUGACGUGAAAACGACGAUCGAGGAAAUUGUUGAACCAAAUACGGUUGAAUCUGAUCAUAAUCUUUCUUCUAACGAUCAACAAAGCAGCAAAAAUACUGAACCAGUAGAAAAACCAAUGACUACAGUUGAAAUCAGUGAGGAAGAUCCUAAUCAACUAUUAGAAACAACUGAGAUUGUUACUACAGUUGUUACUGAAAUAAAAUUGGAAACUGUCGAUACUGAAAUUGUUGAGGAUGUCAAUCAACCUGAUACAGAUUUGCAAAACUUAUCUUCGACCACCGAGUCGAAAGGUGAUUCAGUGAAGGAACCCAAAGAUGAUAUCUCAUCAAUUCCUUCUGAAAGCUCUGUUGUGGUUCCUGUCGAGCCAAUCGCAGAAGCGACAUCAGCAAAGCAACCUGCUGAGGCAGAAUGUGUGAUUGCUGAUCCUACGAAAUCAAUGACGACCGACCUCAAUCUCGAGCUAGCACCCAAAUCUGAGCUAGUUACUGAGGAACUACCGACAAAAUAUUCAGAAAAGAUCGAUCAAUUGAAUGACGAUAAUAAAUUAGUAAAUGAUCUUUCCGGCAAUGCUACACAACCCUCAGGCAGUGUUGAAGAUAUGACAGAAAAGGUUGAAAAACCCUUGGUCGGCGAUAAGCAGCCAAUUAGUAGUUCAUCGGUAGACGAAAAAGCCGAAAUUUCUGAAUUGUCUCCUGUUGAUAAAAUUGAAGAAACAGCUGUGUCAGAUGAAUUGAAAUCAGAUACACUUGUUGAAAAACUGGUGGAGAAACUGGCACCAGAACCAUCUGUCUCUAAUGAUGAUGGUAAAAUGUCUACAGAACUUCAACUUAAGGAGCAACAGCAACCUGUUGAUUCGAAGGCAGAAGUAGUUCAAGAAACUGCUAUUGUUGGUCAACCAGUAACUGAUGAUCAGAGACCAACCGAAUUAGAUUCUUCAGAAACUAGCCCACAAAAAGAUGAAGCCCUGGUCACACAGAAAAAAUCUCCUGAAGACCUCAUGCCUGGUGAAAAAGAUUCAAAACUAGAGGUAACUUGUGGUCGUGUUGAACAACCUCCCUCUGAAGAAAAGGUUCACAGCAGCUCAGGUGCUCCAUCAACGUUACCAUUAGAAUUUGCUGCUGAAACAACCACUGCGAUGGAACCCUUGGAUCCUUCCGAGGUUUCAGCACCAUCUGUUGAACAGAUUUCCGUUGAAGAUAAACUCGACAGUUCUGCAGUUCCUAGCGAACAAAUCGAAGUAUCGUCCAAAUCCGCAGCACCGACUGCUUCGGAAACAAUAACUCCGAGUGACACCAUAUUCCAUGCGAAAGAGAGAACCCCUGAGCGUCCAACUGAACUGAAGACAACAAAAGAACCCAGUGGCAGUGACACGGGAAAGAAGGUGCUGGACGCUGCCAAACUGGGAUUGAUGGCUGUCGUUGGUGCUCCAAUUCUCGCAGGAAAAGCCGUUGUAGACGCACUGAAAAAAGAUCGUUCUGAUGGGCAACAAGAAUUGCCUGAGUCAAAAACUCCUAAAAAGGCGUCCAUUGCCGAUGCCACAGCUGCAUUCCUCGAACAGGAACGAUCACCCGGCGAUGGUAAACGAGAGUUCAGAGAACUUGAAAAAACCAUCGGAGGUAUUCUAGAACAGGUAGAUGCCGAUGGAAAGUUGCUGAAAACACCAGAAAAGCAUGUCACAUUUGAUAUUACUGAGCGGACGCCAGAACAUAAACCGGCGAAGAGCGAAUCUUACGAGAGGCUUCCUCUUGGAGAAGCAAUUGCUCAAGGUAAAAUAAUUCCUAAAGUGUGUCGCGUGAUGGUAGACGAUAAGCAGAUGCCAUACACUGUUGAAGAAGGACUUAACAAUAGAAAUGUCAGGAUCUACGAUAUCGUGGAUGUACUUUCUCAGCAAUUGGUUUCGUUUGUCGAGGGUGAGGCCGAUGGUUUGGUGAUCGAUGAAACCCUUACGAAGCAGAAGUUGAUAGAUCUGGGUGUGUAUGAUGCGGACACAAAUAGCUUUAUCAAUCCGAAUAAUGGAGAAAGAAUUUCUUUCCGCGAUCUUGUCUAUAACUCUGGUUUAGUCGAUCCUACCACAAUUUUCGUCAUGGAUCUGGGUCGUGACAAAUAUGAAAGCUUAGAUGUAGCACUCCAGAAACAUCUUAUUGACAAAAAUACAGGACAUAUGUUGGACAACAAGUCUGGUAAAAAGGUGAAGUUCGUCGAAUGCUGCAAGCGCGCUUGGGUCAUUCAAAGGGAACCCUCCAGUGAAAAUCUCGAUCAGUCUCCUACGUUAUCGGAAGUAUUGGACGCUGGCCAAUUCAAUCCUCAAACAGGUGAAUUGGUUCAGAACAACCAAAGCAUUCCGAUCGCCGAAGCGUUACGAGCUGGCUUCAUUGACAAUGAUUCGGUAUCGGUGCGAGAUCCAACCGACGGAGAGGUUUUGCCUCUACGAGUUGCGAUCGAGCGUGGCAUCAUUGAUCUUAAGCUGGGUGUGAUUUUCAAUCGGGAAACUCAAGAAGAGAUCGAUCUAAAUGAUGCCUAUAAUCGGGGAUACAUGUUGGAAGGUAAACGAAAGCCGAUUUCUCUUGAGGCAGCUGUACGCAAGGGUUUGUACAAUCCUGAAUCUGGAUUGAUCUUGGAUACUAUCACCGAAGAAAUGGUGGAUGUUCAACAGUCUGUUGACAAGGGUAUUGUUGAUCCGAAGAUUUCGAACGUCAAAGACACUAAAGAAAACGUUCUAGUGCCUUUGCAAGAUGCUUUGGAUAAAAAGUUGAUUGAUUCCGAAUCCGGGAAGAUGAAGGAUACUGAGACAGAUCAGUUGCUUCCGUUGGACGUAGCCUUGGAGAAAAAAAUGAUGGACACAAAACAGGUCACGCAUAGCUUGAUUGAGGUUUUGAAUAAAGAAUUUUACGAUCCAAAUUCAGGUAAGAUCUUAAACCCGGGUAAUGGUGAAGAAAAUAUUUUGAAGGACGCAAUUGACUCACAGCUAGUUGAGAUUGAUAGUGUCUUGGUUAGAGAUGAACAGAAGGAUAAGGUUGUCAAAUGUGAAGAAGCUAUCGAAUCCGGUUUGUUGGAUGAUGUUCGAGGUGUUUUGACAAGGCCUGAAUUGACAUUAGAUCGUGCCUACCAAAAGGGUUAUAUUCUGAGCAAUAAAAAACCAAUAUCUUUAACAGAUGCCCUUUUGCGAGGUUUCUAUGAUCAGACUAGUGGACUGCUGCGCUUUGAUGGAGCGCCUGGAGUCACACUUGAGAAAGCUAUUGCUGAUGGGGAGAUCUCCACUGCUGAUCUGAUUGUACGCGAUCCUAAGAGCAGAGGAGUUAUAAGCCUAUCGGAAGCUAUCCGAGGAGGUCUGGUUGAUCCUGUUUCAGGAAUGGUGAUUGAUUCUGGAUCUGGGUUGAGCAUGGGGAUGUUGGAAGCCUUGGACAGAGGCAUCAUUGUAGUAGCUAAGCGUAGGUGUAGCUUGCCAGAUGCGGUGUUCCGGGGAUUAUACGAUCCCAAAUCUGGUCAGUUUAGUAGUACAACAACUCCGGAGAAGAUGUCCACGGAGCGUGCUAUAAGACGUGGCAUGCUGGAUCCAGAGUCAACCAUUGUAAAUGUAGCGGGUAAGAUACAACCAUUUGAACUGGCUAUCGAGAAUGGUACGGUAGAUGUAAAACGAGGUACCAUUCUGGACGAAGAAGGUAAUAAGAUUGAUUUUCGUGAAGCAUUCGACCGUGGUCUGCUAGUUGAAGUGCGGAAACCAAUAAGUUUGAGUGAGGCCGUCGUUAAAGGUAUAUACAGAGAAAGUAGUGGAAUGUUCAUGGAUCCAAAGACUGGUAGGAAGCUAACCCUUGCACAAGCGAUUGCCGAAAAGGUUAUCGAUCCAAAUUCAGUUCAAAUUAAAGAUCCAACGACUGGUUUCUAUAGAGAUCUUGAUUUAGUGGAAGCGAUUGAGAGCGAUUUGAUCAAUGGUCAAGACUCCAACGUUAAACACAGUGGCGAUAAAAUCACUUUGAAGCAUGCAUUCGAUAUUGGACUACUGUACGACAGUAAAGCUCCGAUCAGUUUGCAGAGAGCUAUCCACCAAGGAAUCUACGACGAUAAAAGCGGAAAGAUUGUAGAUCCAGUUUCUGGACGUAAGAUCACGUUGCACGAAGCCACGAGGAAGUUUGUGAUCAAUCCUCAGUUGCCGUGCUACUUUAACGAGAAAGACGAGGUCAUGCUUAAUCUGUUCGAAACAUGCAGAGCCAAAUUGAUCGAUCGAAGGGAAGGGGUGUUCAAAGAACCUGGAAGUGAGGUUUUCAUUCCUUUGAAUGAGGCCCUCGCCUUAGGUUUGAUUGUGGACAUUGAAAGCGCCGGAUUCGGGUUGUACGAAACUCUCGCUAUGGGAUUCUAUGACAAGAAAAGUGGAAAGAUCAUUCAUCCGAUUACGAACCGAAAAAUUACAUUGGAAGAAGCUUGUAAGGAAGAUAUCGUAAACCCGGGGUCUUCCAUUAUCAAGAAUACUGUCACUGGUAAAUUCAUCCGCUUGGAUGACGCAAUCAGCGCGAAAAUAAUCGAUGAUAAAGAGGGUGUGUACGUUCUUCCAAAGGGAAACAAGAUAGAUUUACAAGAAGCUAGACGCAAGGGUUUAAUAGUUACCAACCAAAAGCUGUUGUCUUUGGAGAAGGCUAUUAAGCUGCAUUUGUACAGGCAAGAUUCUGGAACAUUUGUGGAACCUAUUUCUGGUGACCAUGUGAAUCUGCAGGAGGCUCUUGACAUUGGACUUCUGGACUUUGAGACUUCGGUUUAUAAGGAUGCCGUGACAGGACAGGACAAACCACUCAGGGCGGCUAUCGCUGACCAGGAUAUAGACGUUCAAAAAGGGAAAGUAUUGGAUAGGAAAACUGAUAGGACGUAUAAUUUCGACGUAGCGUUCAACAAAGGUUUGCUGGUUACGGUUCAGAGACCGAUUACCGGGAAGAUCUUAGAAAGGAAGGAGAGCAUAGAUAAUUUGCUUCAGGAAUCGCCUCUAGGUAAGAGCCCGAAGGAAAUGAGCUUAAAGGAUGCCUUGAGACAUGAAAUUGUAUCAAUUGAUAAGUCGGUUAUGAAGCAUCCCAAGAGUCGAGUGUUCGUGCCUCUGAGAGUGGCAAUCCAGGAGAAAUUGAUAUCUGAAGAUGGUCGUGCCACAGUUGAUCCGAAACAGUCGUUCUUCGUGUUUGAUAGUAGUAGCGUAGUUUUCGUCCAGAAACCAUUGACGUUUGAUGAAGCCGUUGAAUCUAGUCUACUGGACCUAUCGACCGGUAAGUUCUUGUACAAAACUCCAACGAUUGGUGGUGGUGCGACAGAAAGCGAUGUAACUGAACUGUUGAACCUGAAAGAUGCGAUUGGUCAAGGUUACAUCGAUCCCGAAUCGGUCCUAUUGAAAGAUGGAGCUAAGAAGAAGUUCCUACCCUUGCCUGAAGCGUUCCGCAAGGGAUUGAUCGAUGCCGAAAAGUCAAAUGUGCUGGAUACCAAUACGUCCAAGUUGACAACUCUCCAGACGGCAGUCGACAACGGUCUGCUGAUAACUCCGAAACGUGCAAUUUGUCUUAUGGAAGCUCUUGACUAUAACAUGUAUAACACCGAACGCGGUACUUUCGAAGACCCGUUCCAUCCUAACCAACUCAAAACUUUAAAUGAAACCAUACAAUCUGGUUUAAUUGACCCAACAACAACAAUGGUACGUGACAUAAGUAACAAUAGUGUAAUUGUGCCGUUGCUGACCGCCGUCGGCAACGGUCUAAUCGAUCCAAUUGGUGGACAUUUCAAUCUUGAAAGUGAACAAACUAAGAUAGAUCUCGUGAAAGCCCGCGACCGAGGAUAUCUCAUACAAGCAGAGCAACGGCAAGCCGUGGUCGAAAAGUUUGCACUGUGUGAAGAUCAUCUAGCCAAACUUUUGGAAUGGAUCACCAAGGUCGAACAUGAAAUUGCUUCCGUUGGUGGACCAAAGGAACGCGUUGACGAUUUGAGAAACCAAAUCAAUUCGCUCAAGCAAAUUAAGGAUGACAUCGACGCACAAUCGCGACCGGUUGCGUCUUGCCUUGAGCAGGUUCGCCAACUGGUCCUAACCGGUGGAGAUGUCCUGAGUGCCCCGGAAGUGGCUGCCCUGGAAAGUUCCGGCCGUGAACUGCGUUCUCGCGUAGACAAGGCCCAGGACCGUACCGGUAAGCUACUUCGUCGUCUGGGAGCCGCUCGCGAUGAACUCGGAAAACUUCGUUCCGAAUUGGAUACCUUCUCCGCUUGGCUACAGACUUCCCGUAGAACGCUCGAAGAUAAGGAAAGCACCCUUUCCGACCUGAACCGCCUGUCGACGCAAUCCGAGUCAGUGAAAGAAUUCCAUGGCGAUGUCGUUGCCCAUCAAGCGGAUCUUCGAUUCAUCACCAUGGCCGCACAAAAGUUCGUCGAUGAAUGUAAGGACUAUCUAUCGGUUCUGAACGACUUCCGCACAACACUGCCAGAGCGACUGCCGCACAUUGAACAGGUGUCCAACUCGGACAGUCCCAUUCGACAGGAAGUUUCUUUGGUCACUGCCCAAUAUCGCGACUUGCUCAAUCGUGCCAAUGCUCUGCUAGAUCGCUUAGCAGGACUCGGAGGUCGCCAGCGUGACUACCAGGAAUCGCUGGAAAAGGUUCGCUCAUGGCUGCGAGAUGUUCAACCCCGUGUAAGCGCGGUGUUAUCUGACCCUAUUGCUGCCGAUCCACAAUCUGUCCAAGAUCAAAUGAAUCAAACCAAAGCACUGCAAAGCGAGUUCUUAUCUCAAGGUCGACUUAUCGAUAACGUACAACAUAGCUUGGAUGCAUUGUUGAAAUCCCUUGCUGGACGUCUCAGUCCAUCUGAGGUAUCCGCUUUAGAAAUGCCAGUUGAAGACGUUAAGGAUAAAUACAACCAACUCCUGGAAGCACUGGGAGAUCGUUCCAAACUCCUGGACACAGCUUUGGUUCAAUCACAAGGUGUUCAGGACGCCCUGGAUGGUUUGUCUGGUUGGAUCAACCAAUCCGAAGACAAAUUUAAGCUACAAAACCGUCCAGCGUCUCUGAUCAAAGAUCGCCUCAAUGAACAAGUUCGUGAACAUCGUGGACUGUUAAAUGAUCUUGAAUCACAUCGAACCAGCUUAGAAAGUGUAACACUGUCAGCACGCGAGCUUAUGGCCAACGCUUCUAACGCCCGUCUUGCCAAGAGAAUCGAAACCAACUUGAGCGAUGUCACCGGAAGAUUCGAAAAGCUUCUCGACAAGGCCCUGAAACGCGGCGAAUUCCUCGAAGACACGCUUGCCCAGCUGAAUAAAUUCAACGAAGAUGCUGCCGUCUUGGAACAAGAGCUAUCCAACCUACAGGAAGCGCUUGACGGUAGAGAACUGACUUCACUGCCUGCAGAUACACUGACUCAGCGUAUGAUCGAGCUGACAAGAAACAAAGAACAUCUUCGUCCGCUGUACGAAACCUGUGUAAGACUGGGUAAAGAUCUCAUCGCCAAACGUGAUGUGACCGACACCGGUGUUGUCAGAGAUCGUAUUAAGGCUUUAGAAAACUCCUGGAAGAACCUAGAUGUUACCCUGGAAGAAAAACUGAAACUGUCUAAACAAAAGGCCGAGCAAUUGAACGCAUAUGAAGACCUCAAAGAUCAAGUGCUAGUAUGGCUAUCCAGCAUUGAAACCAGAACAAACAACUUAGCUCCAGUUGCUGUAGAUAUCGAAACCAUCAAAUAUCAAAUUGAAGAAGUGAAACCAUUGGUCAAGGAGCAUCGUGAUUAUGCCGUUACCGUCGAUAAAGUGAAUGAUUUGGGUGCUCAAUAUGAUGCAUUGGUCCGUCCAGACAGCCCAACCCGCAAACGUUCAGUGUAUAGUCCAAUCAAACGAUCAACCGUCAGCCCAAUGCGUCGUAUGUCGGGAGAUGCACGAUCACCCAGCCCAACCAAGGGGCUUGGAAUAGUGGGACCAAGCCCAACAGUGUCCCCGUUGUCUCCCGGUGGAUCGAGCGGAUUCGGUAGCCGGCGAUCAUCGCAAGAUGGUUUCCAACUAACCGACCUUACACCGAUCCAGCAACAGCUGACGGAGAUCAACAAUCGGUAUAGUUUGGUUGGAGCUCGUCUGAACGAUCGCCAAAACGAACUGGACUCCGUCAGAGAUGAAGUUCGCAAGCAUCAGGAAAGUUUGAAAACUUUGGCCAACUUCCUGGACAAAAUCCAACGCCAAGUACCCAAGGAAGUGAUCAGUAAUAAGGACGAGGCCGAGCGAUGCAACAAACAAGCCCGCAAGGUUCUGGAAGAAAUGUACGAAAAGCAAAGCUUGCUUGAUUCUACCAAAGCACAGGUGAAAGAUUUGCUGAAACGCAAACCCGAUGUACAAGGUGCUGAUCGCUUGCGAUCAGAGUUAGAUGCUGUUGCCGAUCGUUGGAAGAAUCUGCACGACCUUUGCAAGGACCGCAUCAAUUUCUCUGAACAGCUACGUGAUUUCUUAGAUACGCAUGACAAUCUCAAUACUUGGCUCGGAGCCAAAGAGCGUAUGCUGACCGUACUGGGACCAAUUUCAUCGGAUCCACGCAUGGUACAAAGCCAAGUCCAACAAGUACAAGUACUGCGCGAAGAAUUCCGCGGACAGCAACCACAGUUGAACCACUUGCAAGAGGUUGGCAACGCUGUGCUUGAAUAUCUCCGAGAGUCAUCGCCCGAGGGACAAUCUGUAGCAUCUAAACUAAAAACUAUUCAGAAGAAAUGGGACGAUCUUGUUAGUCGCCUAGACGAUCGUGCACAAAGCUUGGGAGCUGCAGCAGACACGUCCAAAGAGUUUGAUGCAGGUCUCAAUCGCUUGCGCGAAGCCUUGCAGAACAUCAGCGAUAAUUUGGAUGCCUUGCCCACAGACCGUGAUCAUCAGGAAACAUUACGAAAGAUCGAAAACCUGGAAAGACAACUCGAAGGACAGCGUCCCCUCUUGGCUGAUUCGGAAGCUGCUGGAGAAGCUCUUUGUCGUGUUCUUAGCGAUCCAGCUUCGCGAGCCGAUGUUAAUGCUCGAUUGGCUGCUGUUGGUAAACAAUACCAAAACUUGCAGAAAAAGCUGGAUAACAGGAAAGCUGAAACCGAUUCUGCCCUACGAGAUGGACGACAAUUCGCUGAAACAUGUGCACGUACUCUUGGCUGGCUGUCUGGAGAACUAGGUAAUCUUACUGAACGGCUAUUGGUAUCUGCUCAUCGACCAACUCUUCAACACCAGAUCGAUACUCAUGAACCGAUCUACCGUGAAGUAAUGAGCCGCGAGCAUGAAGUAAUCAUGCUGCUCAACAAAGGCCGCGAACUACAAGAAAAGCCAGGACAGGUACCUGAUCGCACUGUACAACGUGAUUUGGAGAAAAUUUCCCAACAAUGGGAACGCCUGCGCAACGCUGCUGUUGAUCGUCAGUCUCGACUACAAACCUGCAUGGAACACUGUAAGAAACAUUCCGCCGCAUCAGAAACCUUCUUGGCUUGGUUGCGUGGCGCCGAAGAUAAGCUGGCAUCGUUCAAGCCUGGUAUUCUUAAAAAGUCGCAGCUUGAUCAACAACUGAAGGAAUUGCAAACAUUCCGCUCAGACGUUUGGAAGAAAUCGGGAGAAUAUGAAAACACCCGUGGUCUAGGCGAGAGCUUCAUCGGAGCAUGUGAUGUGGACAAAGAUCCGAUCAAGGCUGAGCUACAGGACAUGAAGGAUCGAUGGGAACGUCUAAAUAACGAUCUGAUCGCUCGUGCUCAAACGCUGGAUACAUGCGCCAAACGUCUUGGCGAUUUUAACGAAGAACUACGAGAUCUUGAACAUGCCGUUGGUCGCUGCGAAGACCGUCUAGCAGCUCAUGAUGCUUUGGGAGGUGCUGCUAAAGAUCCCAAAUUGUUGGAUCGUGUUAAGACCAUUAAAGAAGAUGCCUCUGCACUGCGUAGACCAUUGCAAUCAGUUCGCAAGCUUGCAGGUGACAUUGCUGUUGAAGCUCGUGCUGUUGGUGGCGAUGCAGAGCACCUGAAGCACGACGUUGAUGGAAUUUCAGAUCGCAUCGAAGAUCUUCAUGCUCGUUUGGAUGACCGAUGUGGUGAGUUGCAGUCAGCCGCUACAGCAGUAUCGCAGUUCAACGAUGCAGUUAAAGCUCUGGGAGUUGACUUGAACGAAUUGGAAAGCCAAAUUGAUUCGUUGAGUCCACCUGCUCGGGAAAUUAAGACGGUGGUAAAUCAACUUGAUGAAGUUGCUGGUAUUUUGAGCAAAAUCGAUCGUACUGCUGGUCAUGUUGCUAGCGUUGAACGCGCUGGAGAACAACUUGUUGAUUCAGGAUUUGCGCCCGAUACGGUUGGCACACGAGACCAGAUUGGAACAUUGAGACGACAACUUGGAAAGCUGGAAAAUCGAGCUCGCGAUCACGACGAUGCAUUACAGAAGGCCUUGAAGGCUCUGCAGAAAUUCUAUGAUCUACAUCAGCACACAUUGGACGAUUUGAAUGAUGUGGCUGAUCAAGUGAAGAAAAUGAAACCUGUGAGCUCAGAAUUGGAACAGAUACGCAAUCAGCAAGACGAUUUCCGCCGUUUCAAGCAACGCCAUGUUGAACCUUUAAUUGUGAAUAUUGAUGAAGUCAACCGCAGCGGACAGGAUCUGAUCCGAUCUGCUCAAGGUGGUGUUCCAACUGGAGUUCUGGAGAAAGAUUUGGAGAAGAUCAAUGAGAAAUGGAACGACCUUAAGGAUAAGAUGAAUGAACGUGAUCGUCGAUUGGACGUUGGACUGCUGCAGUCUGGAAAAUUCCAAGAAGCAUUGGAUGGUCUUUCUAAAUGGCUCAAGGAUACGGAAGAAAUGGUUGCAAAUCAGAAACCACCCAGCGCUGAUUACAAGGUGGUUAAAGCUCAGUUGCAAGAGCAAAAAUUCCUUACGAAGAUGUUGAUGGAUCGACAAAAUUCAAUGUCUUCUUUGUUCCAACUUGGACAAGAAGUUGCAGCUGGAUGCGAUGCUUCUGAGAAGGCUGCCAUUGAACGCCAGUUGAAGGAACUGAUGGGACGUUUCGACGCCCUGACAGAUGCUGCUCAGACCCGUACUCUGGACCUAGAACAGGCUAUGCACGUUGCUAAACAAUUCCAAGAUCAGCUGAUUCCACUUACCAAAUGGUUGGAUGGAGCAGAGCGAGCAGUUAAGGCAAUGGAACUGGUGCCAACUGAUGAAGAAAAGAUUCAGCAGCGUAUUCACGAACAUGAACGUUUACAUGAUGAAAUUCUGUCAAAACAACCUGACUUUAGUGAAUUGGCUGACAUUGCUGGACAACUUAUGGAACUGGUAGGUGAUGAUGAAGGAGUGGUGCUCAGUGAAAAGGUUAAGCACACUACUGAUCGAUACACUGAUUUGGUCCAUGCUAGCGAAAAUAUUGGACACGUACUAAAUGAAUCACGCCAAGGCCUACGCCAUCUGGUGCUAACCUAUCAGGAUCUGGUUUCCUGGAUGGAAAAUAUGGAAAACCGUCUACAAAGAUUCCGAGUUAUUCCUGUGCAUACUGAGAAGCUACUAGAACAGAUGGAUGUGUUGGUCGAACUCAACGAAGAUAUUGCCAGCCGAUCACCGAACGUAGAAUCCACGGUUGAAGCGGGAUCAGAACUUAUGAAACACAUUUCCUCGGAUGAAGCACUACAACUGAAAGACAAGCUUGACUCCCUGCAGCGUCGUUAUGGAGAACUCACAACUAAAGGUGGAGAUCUAUUGAAGCACGCACAAGAUGCAUUGCCGUUAGUGCAGCAGUUCCAUCAAUCGCAUAUCCGUUUAGUUGAUUGGAUGCAAGCUGCCGAGUCUACAUUGGCAACAGGAGACUCCAAUGAAAUUGACAUUGUACGUUUGGAAGCUGAUUUGAGUGAAAUGAGACCUGUGCUUGAAACAGUCAACUCAGUGGGUCCUCAGCUAUGUCAGAUAUCGCCAGGAGAAGGAGCUUCAACAAUUGAAGGAAUUGUUACUCGAGACAACCGCAGGUUUGAAGCAAUUGUUGAACAAAUUCAACGCAAGGCCGAACGUUUACACCUUAGUAAACAACGAUCCAAUGAAGUCACUGCCGAUAUCGAUGAACUGCUGGAAUGGUUCCGUGAUAUGGAUGCCACUCUACGUGACGCUGAUCCACCAGCAAUGACGCCUAAGCUAGUACGAGCACAACUGCAAGAGCAUCGUUCAAUCAACGAUGACAUAUCCAGCCAAAAAGGAAGGGUUCGAGAUGUUACGUCGGCCGCGAAGAAGGUUUUACGAGAAUCACAGCCCAAUGAAAAUACCAUCGCUCUUCGUGAGAAACUGGAAGAUCUUAAGGAGGUUGUCGACACGGUGGCCGGACUCUGUUCGAACCGGCUGGCUAUACUUGAACAAGCUUUACCACUGUCGGAGCACUUUGCUGAUUCACAUACUGGCUUGGUUACUUGGUUGAACGACAUGGAACACCAAAUCUCCAUGCUCGCAAUGCCGGCACUUCGUCCUGAUCAGAUCGCCAUUCAACAAGAUAAGAACGAACGAUUGACACAAUCUAUCUCCGAGCACAAACCGCUUCUGGAUAAACUGAACAAGACUGGAGAAGCUUUGAUGGCUUUGGUUGCUGAAGAUGAUUCGGCCAAGAUCAGUGAAAUUCUUGAAUCGGAUAAUGCUCGCUAUGCAGCCUUGCGUACAGAACUGCGUGAACGUCAGAAUGCAUUGGAACAAGCUCUGCAAGAAUCUAGUCAGUUCUCGGACAAAUUGGAAGGUAUGCUGCGUGCUCUACAAAACACUGCCGAGCAGGCCAACCAGGCCGACCCGAUUUCUGCCCACCCGCCAAAGAUUCGGGACCAAAUCGAGGAUAAUGCAGCACUCGUUGAAGACAUUGAAAAGCGUGGUGAAGCCUUUGCUGCCGUUAAACGUGCCGCUACUGAUGUUAUUUCCAAGGCUACCAACCAAUCCGAUCCAGCAGUCCGUGACAUCAAGAAGAAGUUGGACAAAUUGAACAACCUAUGGAACGAACUGCAGAAAACUACCUCUAAACGUGGAUCGGCCCUGGAUAACACACUAUCCGUGGCUGACAAAUUCUGGAAGGAGAUGCGUGCCGUAAUGGAAACACUAAAGGAACUACAGGAAGCGCUUCAGACACAAGAACCGCCAGCGGCCCAGCCUCAAGCCAUCCAGAAACAACAGGUCGCUCUUCAGGAAAUACGCCAGGAAAUUGAUCAAACUAAACCGGAAGUAGAACAGGUGCGCCGAACCGGUAGCAACUUGAUGUCGCUCUGUGGCGAACCGGACAAACCGGAAGUGAAAAAGCACAUCGAAGACCUGGACCAUGCCUGGGACAACAUCACUGCUCUGUACGCCAAGCGCGAGGAAAAUCUGAUCGACGCCAUGGAGAAGGCAAUGGAGUUCCACGAGACGCUGCAGAAUUUGCUGAACUUCUUGGCCAAGGCCGAGGACCGCUUCCAGAAGUUGGGCCCACUCGGAUCGGACAUUGAAGCCGUCAAAAAGCAAAUCGAACAGCUGAAGCACUUCAAAGACGACGUCGAUCCGCACAUGGUAGAAGUUGAGGCGUUGAACAGAGCAUUGAACAGGCAAGCAGUUGAACUGACCGAGCGUACUUCAGCCGAGCAGGCAAGUGCCAUUCGUGAGCCAUUGAACUCGGUGAACCGACGCUGGGAGAAUCUACUCCGUGGUAUGGUUGAACGACAGAAGCAGCUAGAACAUGCUCUGCUUCAUCUGGGUCAGUUCCAGCAUGCUUUGAACGAGCUGCUGGUCUGGAUCAGCAAGACCGAUUCCAAUUUGGAUGAAUUGAAGCCUAUUCCUGGAGAUCCACAAUUAUUGGAGGUUGAGUUGGCCAAGUUGAAGGUAUUGGCCAACGAUAUCCAUGCUCAUCAAAGCUCGGUAGAUACGUUGAACGAUGCUGGUAGGAAGCUGAUCGAGAACGAUCGUGGAUCUUUGGAGGCAUCAACCACCCAGGAUAAGCUGCAACAGCUGAACAAGCAAUGGAGAGAUCUAUUGCAAAAGGCUGCUGAUCGUCAGCAUGAGCUGGAGGAAUCUUUGCGUGAUGCACAAGCAUUCACCGCAGAGAUUCAAGAUCUGCUUGGAUGGUUGGGCGAUGUAGACGCAAUUAUCGGUGCAAGCAAACCUGUUGGUGGACUUCCGGAAACUGCUUCCGAACAAUUGGAACGAUUUAUGGAGGUAUAUAAUGAGCUUGAGGAGAACAGGCCAAAGGUAGAAACAUUGAUCGCACAAGGACAAGAAUACGUACGUAAGCAGACGCAGAUGCAGGUUUCGGCCAGUAAUCUACAGCAUACGCUUAGAACAUUGAAGCAACGCUGGGACGCUGUAGUUUCCCGAGCCUCCGACAAGAAGAUCAAGUUGGAGAUUGCUCUGAAGGAAGCUACCGAAUUCCACGAUGCUCUACAGGCAUUUGUAGAAUGGUUGACGCUAGCAGAGAAGCAACUAUCAUCGGCUUCUGCAGUGUCUCGAGUUCUUGAAACGAUUCAACAACAGAUGGAAGAGCACAAAAUCCUACAGAAGGACGUUUCCAUACACAGAGAAUCGAUGCUCUUGCUGGACAAGAAGGGAACUCAUUUGAAAUAUUUCAGUCAGAAGCAGGACGUUAUUCUGAUUAAGAAUCUUCUUGUUUCGGUUCAGCAUCGUUGGGAACGCGUAGUGGCUAAGGCCGCUGAACGAACUCGUGCCUUGGACCAUGGAUACAAAGAGGCCCGCGAAUUCCACGAUGCUUGGUUGCAGUUGACUACUUGGUUGAAGGAAACUGAAAUUACGCUGGACACGCUUGCUGAAGAAUCCACCAACGAUGCCGUUAAGAUCAAGAAGCACUUGGAGAAACUCCGAGAGAUUCAACGCCACCUGCAGUCGAAGGAAAGCUUCUACGAUAGCACAAUGCGUAAUGGUAAGGGAUUGAUGGACCGUGCUCCAAAGUCCGACGAACCUGUGCUUUCGAAGAUGAUGAACGAACUUAAGGAUUCUUGGAAACGUGUAUGCCACAAGAGUGUUGAACGCCAACGCAAAUUCGAGGAGGCUUUGUUGCUGUCUGGACAAUUUGCUGACGCUCUACAGGCGUUACUUGAAUGGUUGCGCAAAGCAAAGGCUCGGCUGGCCGAAGACGGCCCAGUUCAUGGUGAUUUGGAUACGGUAACAACACUUGUCGAUCACCAUAAGCAGCUAGAGUCUGACCUGGACAAACGCUCCGCACAAAUGCAAAGUGUCAUGAAGACUGGCAAGGAUCUCGAGAAGUCCGAUGAAACUCGUGAGACCAGCAAGAACCUAAGGGAAUUGCAGAAACUGUGGGAGGAUGUCCAGGAUCUCAGCACCCGUCGCAAGUCACGUUUGGAAGUGGCAUUGAAGGAAGCAGAACGCCUGCACAAAUCCGUUCACAUGCUUCUGGAAUGGUUGUCCGAAGCCGAACAGAAACUACGUUUUGCCGCAGCGGCUCCGGAUGACGAAGCCCAAGCCAAUGAUCUUUUGGAUGAGCAUGCUCGCUUCAUGAAGGAACUACGAGAGAAAGAGUUUGACAAGGAAGAGACCCUCGGACUGGCUAACUCUAUUCUGAGCAAGGCUCAUUCGGAUGCGGUUCCGAUCAUUAAGAACUGGAUAUCGAUCAUCCAAUCCCGGUGGGACGAGAUUUCGCAAUGGGCGCUCAGCCGCCAGAGCAAGUUGGAGUCGCACCUCAAGUCGCUUAAGGAUUUGGAUGAAUCGAUCGAGGAACUGCUGGCUUGGUUGGCUGGACUGGAAGCUACUCUGCUGAACCUUGAACAAGAAGCACUGCCGGAUGAGAUUCCACCGUUGGAGGCGCAGAUUGCUGACCAUAAGGAAUUCAUGGAAAACACUGCCCGUCGCCAGGGUGAGGUGGAUCGUGCCUGCAAGCCACGUCAACCGCCACCAGGGUUGAAAGAAACGCGAAAACCGUCCCGCGGUGUGCUCAAGACACCAGUUAGAGGAUCACAACCAGAUUUGCGCGAACAUUCGCCAGACUACGGCACCCUAGGACGAAAGCAAAGUUUCAAGGGAUCACGCGAUCAAGGGCUUAAUUCACGUCGUACAAGUCGUGUGAGUCCUGGACGUGAAACCCAGACGCCGGAACGGGAUCGCCUGCCGCACUAUGGUCCACGAUUCUCGCCAAGCAAUCAACCCGAAACCGAGCUUCGCUCCCCACGGGCCAAGCUCUUGUGGGACAAGUGGCGCUAUGUGUGGAUGUUGGCGUGGGAACGCCAACGUCGCCUGCACGAUCACCUCCUGUACCUCCAGGACCUGGAACGCGUCCGGCAGUUCAGCUGGGAGGAGUGGCGCAAGCGUUUCCUCAAGUUCAUGAACCACAAGAAGUCCCGCCUGACGGAUCUGUUCCGCAAGAUGGACAAGGACAACAACGGACUGAUCCCGCGGGAGGUCUUCAUCGACGGAAUCAUCGGAACGAAAUUCGACACCUCAAAGCUGGAGAUGAACGCCGUGGCCGACCUGUUCGAUCGCAACGGAGAAGGACUGAUCGACUGGCAGGAGUUCAUUGCAGCACUUCGUCCGGACUGGCAGGAUCGCAAGCCGAAGACCGACGCCGACAAGAUCCACGACGAAGUCAAACGGUUGGUGAUGCUGUGUACGUGUCGUCAGAAGUUCCGAGUGUUCCAGGUUGGCGAAGGCAAAUACCGGUUUGGAGAUUCCCAGAAGCUGCGUCUUGUGCGUAUCCUACGAAGUACUGUGAUGGUUCGCGUCGGAGGAGGAUGGGUAGCACUUGACGAAUUCCUGGUCAAGAAUGAUCCUUGUCGAGUUGCGCUAGUGCUACCGCUUCCCAAUCCAAACGAUCCACGCCAGCACGAGGCGUGCUGCCCACUGUCCAAGGGACGAACCAACAUCGAGUUGCGCGAGCAAUUCAUCCUGGCCGACGGCGUUUCACAAUCGAUGGCUGUCUUUAAGCCGCGCAUGUCCGUUUCGACCGGUUCGGGAUCGACUCAAGCGGGCUCACCCAUCCCGACUCAGGGCCCGAUUGUGAAGGUGCGAGAACGUUCGUCGAAAUCGAUUUCGAUGUCCCGGCCGUCUCGAUCGUCACUAUCGGCGUCCACGCCAGAUUCGCUCAGUGAUAACGAAAGUAGCUUAGGAACUCCCGGACGUUUCCAGACGCCCAGCCGUAAAACAUCAGUGCCAAUCAGAUCUCAGAUGACCCCCGGUGGAUCGAGGGCAAACUCGAGGCCCAGCUCUAGGCCGGCAAGUCGCGCCGGAUCGAAACCACCGUCCCGUCACGGAUCAACACUGUCGUUGGAUAGCACCGACGAUGCCACCCCGUCUCGGAUUCCAACCCGGCGGAUAACCAGUACAACGACUCCCCGGCCAUCGCGACUGUCCGUGGGUUCGACCACAACCACCACCCGGACCACCAACGGUGUUUCGUCGAGGACGGCAUCCGGUGCCGCUUCACCCGCCCCCACGAGAAACGGUGGCAUGAGUCGAUCGUCAAGCAUACCAACGCUUGUAGGACCAAAUAGCAGUCAACGCUCUCGGAUACCGGUGCGACAGAUGUCCAACGUAUCGAACUCUUCUUCAACCACAGGGAAAACGAGUGGAACUUCGACGCCGUCCGGCAUGCAAACGCCCCGGCGAACCUCGGUGGAGCCCCAAACGCCCGGCAGUACGCGACCGGAUCGAAGCUCUCGGGGAACGACACCCGCCACCGAGAAGCGUGCCCCGUUUAGACUUUAAGACCCUCCGAACCAUACCCUCCCCCCUCUAUUCGGUGGGAGGGAAGGUUAAAAAAAGACGACGAACGAAACUCGAAUCCCCCAGAAAACAACCCCUCUAACCAGUAACACACACCCCCACCCUUUAGCACUAUUGUGUAAUAGGAACACCGAUUUGGAGCCCAAGGCUCGCGAGGAAGCGGGACAGUAUGUCGUGUCGUUCGUCACAUACUAACCAGUUCAAAGUAUUUUCUUAUUGUUUUCGUUUUUUUUUUUGUAUGCAUAAGAAUUUGCUUUUCUUCAACGGGAAGAAUUAAAAUUGUGCAACAGCUAAUCCCUGAUUAGACGAUUAGAGCGCUUAGCAGAUGCUUGUAAGAAGCCGUUUUUCUUUUGUUGCAUCAAACGACCAGUGAGAAACAGACAAGUAUUGAGAGGAGUCCCCUAUUAGAUUGUUAGAAACGGAGGAACAGCAGAAAGUGUCCGAAUUUGUACAUAUAUUUUUAGAGCAGAAACGGAAUAAAACAUGUAAAAAUUGGUUCAAGUGGGAAGAGUAUAUAGAAAACUUCGUUGUAUUGUGUAAUCGAUAGGAAGAAUUGAAAUUUUCUCGGGCAACUAUUGGCGGGUCAACCGCUUGAGAUUGGAAAUGGACGUAGAAUAGGGGACUAUUUAGUGAAGUGUUGAGAAAUAGUUCAGGUGCGCAAUUUCCAGAAGGCGGGGAAACGGCAAUCAAAGAAAAUCGCCAGUUCUUCGAUUGCAAUUUCUGCGCAUCCUUGAAUGCAAUUGCCUGAAGCUUAACAAUAAAUGAACAGAAUGAGAGAAUAUCUACUUAUUAUUAACAUGUGUUCAAGUGAAAGGACCGAAUGAUUGAGCGAAUUUGCAGUGAGAUAGUGUUGUUUUUGUUUGUAUUUUUAUUUAAAUUAUUUAUACAAGAUGUAGAUGAAAUAAGAUUUUUUUGUUUUCGCAACAUUUUUGCAACUUUGCCUAGAAAAGUGCGCCGUGCCCUAUUCGCUCGAAGGAAAAAGGAUCGCCAGCCUUGUCCGGAGACCGAAUAGCCCACUUGGCCGGGUGGCACAGGCAGGUUUUUUUUUCUUUUCCAAUCAUCCAGCGCGAGAUGCUCUUCCGAAUAAAGACUCCAUAUUGGCCGUGUCUAAGGAUGGGGAAAAAUCGCCAGUUUUCUUCUCGCUUAACAUUGGCCAUUCGGUGGACUCUUUUUCUUCUCGUGACAGCAUCUCGCAUCGCGAUAUGAUGAUAUUUUCGUGUUUGCUGUGCUAUUACGAACGCAAGCAACCGGUUUAGAGCUUUCAAAUAUUAAAGAUAUAAUGCCGAAAUAAUAAUAGACCUAGAACAGGACACACAUCUUUAAGCAGUUAUUAAUUCAUUAACUACAAAAAAGUCAUUUAGUUGCGUAAGUUCAGAACAUUACUAGGUAUAUUAUAUGCAAAUAUUAAUUAAUUAACUAAUGCCCAAGCAAAUGCUAAGCUGUUUUUGUAAUUGAAGUUUAAAUAGUUUUUUAUACAAAAAAUACAAAAAAGAAGAAAAAUAUCACAUAAAACGAAUAAUUCCUAGAAUAAUGACAAAUGAGAGGAAAGAAGCAUAAGACAGAUAACUACUACUAGCUUACGAAUUAACUUCACAGAUUUUUUUCAGCUACAGCAGUUAUUCUUUUACUACUUACAUGUGAUUCAAAAUGUAACACGAAAGAAGAAAAAAAAAUCUCAUAAAAAUAAUAAACGAAAAUGAAUAAUCCAA